UCAGUUUCCUCCUCUGUGCAGUGGAGACCCUCCACGCCCCAGGCUGGGCGUGUAUCACCCUCCUUCCUCCGCUCCCCUUGGCGCUGUGCCCCCCCAGCUCUGCAGCUCUUGCCAUCUCUCUGUCCCUCUCGCUCCUCAGUGGGCUGUGACCAGGGCCCCCCGGACCCCGUGUACCUGCCGGCAGCCCUGGAGCUCCUGGACGCCCCCGAGCACUUCCGCGUGCAGCAGGUGGGCCGCUAUCCGCCCGCCAACUCCUCCCUGGGCUCCCGGUCCGAGACCUUCCUGCUCCUGCAUCCCUGGCCCAGGGCCCAGCCGCUCCUCCGGGCCUCCUACCCGCCCUUUGCCACUCAGCAGGUUGUCCCUCCUCGGGUCGCCGAGCCCCACCACAGGCCAGUCCCGUGGGACGUGCGGGCCGUGUCGGUGGAAGCGGCGGUGACGCCAGCAGAGCCCCACGCCCGAGUGCUCUUCCACCUCAAAGGGCAGGACUGGCCGCCGGGGCCUGGCAGCCUGCCCUGUGCCCGGCUCCACGCCACGCACCCGGCAGGCACAGCUCACCGCGCCUGCCGCUUCCAGCCAUCCCUGGGCGCCUGCGUAGUGGAGCUGGCGUUCCCCUCCCACUGGUUCUCCCCGGGCUCCUCGCGGGCCGAGCUGGCCUUGGGCAGUGUGGAGCUGCGCCCGGCGGACCCCCCCCAGUACCAGGAGGUGCCCUUGGAUGAGGCAGUGACUCUGCGGGUGCCCGACGCGCCCCUGCGGCCUGGCCAGCUCUUCAGUGCCACCCUCCUGCUUCGCCACAACUUCACGGCCAGUGUCCUGACCCUGCGCAUCAAGGUGAAGAAGGGGCUGCAUGUGACGGCCGCCCGCCCAGCCCAGCCCACCCUCUGGACCUCCAAGCUGGACCGCUUCAAGGGCUCCAAGCACCACACCACCCUCAUCACCUGCCACCGCGCUGGGCCCACAGGACCCGACGCCAGCAGCCCCCGCGAGCUGUCCGAGUUCCUGUGGGUGGACUUUCUGGUGGACAAUGGCACUAGCGGGGGCCUGGCAGUCACUCGCCCUGUCACAUGGCAGCUGGAGUACCCAGGCCAGGCUCCUGAAGCAGAGAAGGACAAAAUGGUGUGGGAGAUCCUGGUAUCGGAGCGGGACAUACGAGCCCUCGUCCCACUGGCCAAGGCCGAGGAGCUGGUGAACACAGCACCGCUGACCGGAGUGCCGCGGCGGGUCCCCGUGCGCCUGGUCACCGUGGACAGCGGGGGGGCUCUGGUGGAGGUGACAGAGCACAUUGGCUGUGAGUCGGCCAAUGCCCAGGUCCUGCAGGUAUCCGAGGCCUGUGACGCUGUGUUCGUGACGGGCAAGGAGAGUCGGGGCGCUCGAGGGGUGCGGGUGGACUUCUGGUGGCGCCGGCUGCGGGCCUCGCUGCGGCUGACCAUCUGGGCCCCGCUGCUGCCCCUGCGCAUCCAGCUGACGGACACCACCCUGGAGCAGGUCCGCGGCUGGAGGGUGCCCAGCCCGGCGGAGGGGGGUCUGGUGUUGGAGCAGGGAGGGUGGGGGGGCAGCCUGUGCGGGUGCUGGGAGCAGACACCUGACCCCUUUGUGGGCUGCUGGGGUCGCAGAGGGCAAAGGCUGCCUGUGUAUGCGGACCCCACCGCCGGCCCUUGUCACCCUCAGGUGCGGUCCCCCCUGUCUGACUCCAUCCUGGGGGAGCAGGCGCUGGCCGUGACAGAUGACAAGGUCUCGGUGCUGGAGCUGCGGGUGCAGCCGGUCAUGGGCCUAUCACUGGCCCUGAGCCGGGGCACCGCCCACCCGGGGGAGGUCACAGCCACGUGCUGGGCGCAGUCAGCCCUUCCCGCCCCAAAGCAGGAGGUGGCCCUGUCCCUGUGGCUGUCCUUCUCCGACCACACCCUGGCCCCCGCCGAGCUCUACCCCCACCAGGACCUGGGACUCUCUGUCCUGACGGGUGUGGGGGGCAGCGGGCGUGUGAGGGGCAAGUUUGAGCUGACAGAAGAGGCCGGGCAGGAGGAGGAGGGAGGAGCCAGAAGCUAGGAGGAGGAGGGGGAAGAGGAGGAGAUGGUCCCCGCCCCUCGGCGGGUCACCAACCUGGAGCUGGGCAUGUACGCCCUGCUGGGCAUCUUCUGCCUGGCCAUCCUCAUCUUCCUGGUCAACGGGGUGGUGUUUGUGCUGCGCUACCAGCGCAAGGAGCCCCCCGACAGCGCCCCGGACCCCGCCUCCCCGCAGCCCCACAACUGGGAGUAG